CGAUACAAUGGCAACCCUUCAACAACAACAACAUCACCAUCAUCAUCAUCAUCAAAUACCACAAGAUCAACAUCAAGGACAACAGCAGCAGGAAGUGGUCACUUUAAAUGAUGCGAUAAGUAAUGUUGAUGUUUUGGAUGCUCUGGAACUUCCCGAUUCUCAACCAUGCAUUACAGGUGAAAAUUGGUCAAUCGUGUAUCAUGUAAAUUUUGAUACGAAUUUUGAGGAUCGUAAUGCAUUCGUAUGUGGUGUUGCCAAAUACAUCGAAGAAGCAACAGUACAAUGUCAUCUGAAUGUAAUGUUAGAUGAAGGUGAAAAACAUGCUGUCAUGUUGUAUACCUGGAGAUGUUGUUCACGUGCCAUACCACAACCAAAAUCAAAUGAACAGCCAAAUCGUCGUGAUCUCUAUGAAAAAAUUGUUGAAGUACUUGGACCAGAAGUGAAGAAAUUGCUUUCAUUCAUGUACUUUCAAAAAGCCGCCAUUGAUCGAUUCUGUUAUGAGGUAAAACAUUUGUGUCGAAAUCCAAAUAUUAGCGGACCAGAUAAUGCUGCUGAUUCUGGUAAAGAAUCGUCACAGAAAAAAUCAUCAUCAGGCAAUCAAAAUACAUUUGUAUCAGAAUCCUAUUUACUUACAUUGGGCAAAUUCAUCAACAUGUUUGCCGUUUUAGAUGAAUUGAAAAAUAUGAAAUCAUCAGUUAAAAAUGAUUAUGCUACAUAUCGUCGUGCUGCACAAUUUCUGAAAGUUCUUUCGGAUUCAGAAUCAUUACAAGAAUCACAAUCAUUAUCAAUGUUUUUAGCCAUGCAAAACAAAAUACGCGAUAAUCUUAAAGAAUCUCUUGAAACAAUCAAUGGUUAUGAGGAACUUUUUUGUGAUCUCGUCAAUCUAUUCACCAACAUGUAUGAAUGUAAACAAUAUGUAUUACCUCAAGAGAAACAUAUGCUGGUCAAAGUUAUUGGAUUUGCACUCUAUCUUAUGGAUGGUGCAAAUUGUAAUAUCAAUAAAUUGGAUGCCAAACGACGAAUAUCAUUGAAUCGUAUUGAUAGAAUUUUUAAACAUUUAGAAAUGGUACCACUUUAUGGUGAUAUGCAAAUCGCUCCGUUUCAAACAUACAUUAAACGUUGUACACAUUAUGACCAGACAAGAUGGCCACUUUGUUCCAAUUCGACUACUUCAUCAUUACAGGCUGAUAUUCUUCAAUAUCUUCCAUCGAUUCGUGAUGAUUAUGUAGCAUUCAUUUCUGAACUUUCAAGACAUUCAAAUGAAGUUACUACGACCAUUAAAGAAACACCACGAACCGAUUCAGAAAAUCGUGAAUUAUUGAAAUUAGCAUUACGUGGUAUACAAUUAUUGGCUGAUUGGACUGCUCAUGUUACUGAAUUGUAUUCAUGGAAAUUGAUGCAUCCUACGGAUUCACAUCAAACAAAAACCUGUCCAACGGAUGCUGAAGAAUAUGAACGUGCUACCCGUUAUAAUUAUAGUUCACAAGAAAAAUAUGCACUCAUUGAAUUGGUGGCCAUGGUCAAAGGACUUCAAGUGUUAAUGAAUCGUAUGGAAGCCGUAUUUGUAGAUGCUAUUCGUCGAGCUAUCUAUGCUGAUCUACAAGAUUUUGUACAGAUAACACUUAAAGAACCAUUACGAAAAGCAAUUAAGAAUAAAAAAGAUGUCGUACGAACCAUGAUCACUUCGGUAAGAAAUACUUGUGCCGAUUAUAUGCGUGAGCAACAAAAUCGUAAUGGUGGAAGUUCAUCGAAUUCUUCGAAAUCUUCACUUAUGGAUCAGACACAAGGAAUUCAAGUUCCUAGAAGAAAUGUUGGCCCAUCAACCACACAAUUAUAUAUGGUACGCACACAGCUUGAAUCAUUGAUUAGUGACAAAGCUCUUAGUGGUCGUCGUACAUUACGUAAAGAUAUUGAUGGACAAUAUUUGAUUGCUAUCGAUAGUUUUCAUAAACAAUCAUUUUUUUGGUCAUAUUUACUAAAUUUCAGCCAAACAUUACGUGAAUGUUGUGAUCUUUCACAACUUUGGUAUCGUGAAUUUUAUCUUGAAAUGACAAUGGGUAAACGUAUACAAUUUCCAAUUGAAAUGUCAUUACCAUGGAUAUUGAUCGAUCAGAUACUGACGGAUAAAGAUGCAUCAAUGAUGGAAUGUAUAUUGUAUCCACUUGAUCUUUACAAUGAUUCUGCAUAUUAUGCAUUAACGAAAUUUAAAAAACAAUUUCUUUAUGAUGAAGUUGAAGCUGAAAUUAAUCUUUGUUUCGAUCAAUUUGUUUAUAAAUUAUCUGAACAAAUAUUCUCAUAUUAUAAACAAUUGGCUGCAUCAAUGACAUUGGAUAAACGAUAUCGUGCCGAGAUGACAACAUUGGCAGUGAAUUUUAAUUGGCCUGGACCUAAUCGUUAUGAAACAUUGUUAAAACAACGACAUCUUCAAUUAUUAGGUCGUACUAUUGAUCUUGAACGUUUGAUUGCACAACGUUUGAAUUCUUAUAUGUUGAAAUCAUUAGAAGUGGCUAUAGCAAGAUUUGAAGCUACAGAUCUCACUGGUAUUAUGGAUUUGGAUGUAUUGUUCCGUGUCAAUCGUUUGACACAUAAAUUGCUUAAUAAAUAUAUUAAACUUGAUUCAUUUGAUGCAUUAUUGGCUGAAGCUAAUCAAUCUGUUUCCGCUCCAUAUGGUCGUAUUACAUUGCAUAUUUAUUCGGAAAUGAUUUCAGAUUUUUUACCUCGAUAUUGUUUCAAUUCAUCCACACAACGGUUUAUUCGUAUGCCUGAUGAAAUGUCCAAUUUGUUGUUGAUUGAUCAGAAAAUUUCCCGUGAACGUAUGCCAUUAACAGCCAAUAUGCCUUAUUUGGCAUAUGGAUCGAAAGCAUUGAAUUAUGCAUUUAGUUCAAUACAGAAAUUAUAUACAGGAUUUAUUGGUGCACCACAUUUUCGUGUCAUAUGUCGUGUACUUGGUUAUAGUGGUAUUGCAUUGAUUAUUGAAGAAUUAUUGAAUUUUAUUCAGAAUAAAAUUCAAAUGACAAUCACUGCAUCGGUGCAUAACAUACGACAAGCAAUGGGUGGAAAAGAUGCAAAAAUGUUGAAUCCAUUGGCCAAUUCAGCGCAAACAUUUUCAACAUUACGAAAAAAUCUAGAGAAUCUAAUACACAAUAGUGAAAUUAAAACACGUGUAUUUCAAGAUUUUCGUGAAAUUGGAAAUUGUCUACUGUUCUGUCUGUACAUUGAACAAUCAUUGUCUCAAGAAGAAGUUUGUGAUCUUUUACAAGCGGCACCAUUCCAAAAAGUAUUUCCAUUACCAUUUUUGAAAGAAACUGAAAAACAGGAAUCAAAAUUAAAACGAAUGGAAAAUCGUUAUGCAUCGUUACAUGUUGUAUCGGUUAUGGAAAAAUUUGGCACUCCCAAGCAAGCAUUAAUUGCACGUGAUGCUGAUCUAUUGACCAAAGAACGUCUUUGUUGUGGUCUUUCCAUAUUUGAAACUGUUUUGAAUCGUUUUCGUGAAAUAUUGGAUAAAGAUCAUGGCCUAUGGCAUGGAGAUGAUAAACCAAAAAACAAUAUUAUGCAUGUCAAUGAAUGUGUUGAAUUUUAUCGUGUUUGGUCGGCAUUACAAUUUAUUUAUUGUACACCAUUUCCUGAAAAUGAAUUCACUAUUGAACAAUUAUUUGGUGAAGGUUUGAAUUGGGCUGGAUGUACAUUUAUAAUGUUGUUGAGACAACAACGUCGUUUUGAUUGUAUGGAUUUUAGUUAUCAUUUGCUAAAAAUUCAACGUUUCGAUAUGUGUACCGAUACUAUCGAUGGAAUCCAAAUCAAAAAAAUGGUUGAACGUAUACGACGAUUUCAGGUGCUUAAUAGUCAAAUAUUUUCCAUGUUAAAUAAAUAUCUAUCAUCGGCCACUAUUGAUAGCAAUAUGGUUGAACAGAUAAAAUGUUUUAAUCCACCAUCAUUUCCACGACAAGUUAAAAUCGGUAAUCAAACAUCACAGGCCGCCCAGGCACCAAUUUAUAUGCGUACAGAUAUUCUUCUACAACAGAAACGUCAUCAACAACAACAACAAUAAUAAUAAUAAUAAUGAAUAAUGAAUUUUAUCAAUCAAUUUUGUAAAUA